UUAACAAUAAUAAUAAUAAUAAUAACACCAAUAACAACAACAACUGCAACUGCAACAAUGUCCAGCACAAUCGAAUUUGAGACAAUUGGCAGUCGGCUGCAGUCGCUGGAGGUGGCGCUGCAGGCGCAAAACGAAUCACAUGAACAAAUCGUCUUAUCAAAGCGUGUUCGGCCAACAACAAUAUCGACGACAACAACACACACAGGCGCAAUAACAGCAACAGCAACACCAAACAGUGCAGCGGCCGUUAGCGCCGCAGCGGCGGCAGCAGCAGCAGAAACAGCAGCAGCAGCCGCCGCUGCCGAUGCCUCUUCCGCCAACAAUGUCGCCGCCUCACCAACCAGACCAGCGACAGCGCUGCCGGUGCCGACGUCGACGUCAACGUCUCUGUCGUCUGGUAUCUUUGUCCUGCCCACCAGGAGUAUGCGCCCAACGCCCAGUUUGCCCAUACGUGAAACUGGAGGAUCGACUCGACCUCGCAUGAUGUUGCCGCUGCUAACACAUUCGCAUCCUUCUGAAUCGGAAACGGAUAAAAAGCUGAAGAUGAUAAUGGGCCAGACGGGCAAGCUGAAAAUCAAUGGCCGCCACUAUCCGACAGAUAUCCGUGAUCUACAGCAUCUGGGUGACUUGGGCAACGGAACCAGCGGCAAUGUGGUCAAAAUGCUGCACGUCUCCAGCAACACGAUCAUUGCCGUUAAACAAAUGCGACGCACCGGCAACGCCGAGGAGAACAAACGCAUUCUCAUGGAUCUGGAUGUUGUGCUUAAGUCGCACGACUGCAAAUAUAUAGUCAAGUGCUUGGGCUGUUUUGUACGCGAUCCGGAUGUCUGGAUCUGCAUGGAGCUGAUGUCCAUGUGCUUCGAUAAGUUGCUUAAAUUGACCAAGAAACCGGUGCCGGAGCCAAUUCUAGGCAAGGUCACUGUGGCGACGGUUAAUGCGUUGUCCUAUCUGAAGGACAAACACGGCGUCAUCCAUCGCGACGUGAAGCCAUCGAACAUUUUGAUUGAUGAGCGCGGCAAUAUAAAGCUAUGCGAUUUUGGGAUUAGUGGACGCUUAGUAGACUCUAAAGCGAACACACGUUCCGCUGGCUGUGCAGCCUACAUGGCGCCGGAACGCAUCGAUCCGAAGAAACCAAAGUACGAUAUAAGAGCGGAUGUCUGGUCGUUGGGCAUAACGCUUGUGGAGCUGGCAACUGCACGCUCACCAUACGAGGGCUGUAACACGGACUUUGAGGUGCUGACCAAGGUGCUCGACUCAGAGCCGCCCUGUUUGCCCAGCGGCGAGGGCUACAAUUUCAGUCAACAGUUUCGUGACUUUGUCAUCAAGUGCCUCACUAAGAACCAUCAGGAUCGACCCAAGUAUCCGGAGCUGCUGGCCCAGCCAUUUAUCAAGAUGUAUGAGCAGGCCAAGGUCGAUGUGCCAGGCUGGUUUCAAAAUGUGAUGGACUCAGCUGCCGGAAAGCGUCUGCGCGCCAAUGGUGAUGCCACCCUGACGAGAGCAACAGCAACAGGAACAACGACAACAGCAGCUGCAGCAGCAGCAACACGCGCCAAGGAAGCUGCCACAUUGUAUGGAAGAACUGCAACAACUGAAACAGCGGCAGCAUCAGGAGCAACGCGCAGUCCAACGCAAACACAAACCCAAACGCUGAAGACAAUAAAACCCACACAGAUUCCAAGCUAUCAGCAGCAGCAGCAGCAGCAGCAGCAGCAGCAGCAGCAGCAGUUGCCGGUUACGCAGUAUUUCAUACAAUCAGCCACACAACUACCUCAACAAACAACAACAACAACAGCAGCAACGUCAAACACAUUGAAUUACUUUAGCAGCGGUGGCAGUGGCAGCAGCAGCAGCGGCGCCAGUCCCAGUCCCAUGUCGCCACCGGCUGGCGUAGCUGCAGCAGCUGCUGCCGGCGGCGGUAACAAUGACAUUGGCAAGCUCUAUCGGAAAUCGCCUUUCAUGCAGCGCAAGCUGAGCAAUGGCUCUCACUACAAGUACAACGAUGAGAGUCCCAAGAAGGAGUCUGUUUUUAGCAGCAUAGGUCAAUCGAUUUUACGCAAUUUAACCACAUCGCCGUUCAGUCAGAAGAAACAUCAGCCAAUUGUUACAGCAACAACACCAACGGCAACAACAGCAACAACAACUCCAACAACACUGCCGCAUCAUAAUAAGAAAGUGAAAACGCCCACGGAGCUGUUGGCCACGCCCAAAUGGCGUCUGCCCUACGACACCUGUGAUAGUAGCAUUGAUAAUGUCAAUUUGGCAGUCAGCUCGCCCACAAUGCAGCGCAAGCAUCUAAUAAUGGAGCAAACGAUGGCAACAGCAACUGCAACAGCAACAACAACAACAGCAACAAUAAUGCCAACAACAUUGCAGCUCAACAAUCAGCAACAACAGCAGCAGCAACUGCAACAGCAGCGAUUGCAGCCAGGCAAUCAAAGUCCCAUAGUGUUGCAGCGCUUCUACCAUCAACAGAAUCAGUUGCGUGAAAAGGAGGCAGCCGAGCGGCAACAGCAACAUCAGCUGCAGCCAACCACCACGGGCACCAGCACGAAUCCGUUUCACAGCAACUAUGUGGCGCCACCCUCAUCGCACUCCACCUCUAGUCAGUCAUCGACGCAGUCGACGUGCUCGCAAAUAGCCAGCGCAGCGCCCGCCUCUCCAUGUGCCACAGCCGCCGGACACUUUGGUGUGGGCAAUGCGGCCCAGUUGCAAUACCAGCCAUUGCCGCUCACACCGACAACAGCAGCAACACCACCACCAGCAGCAGCAGCAGCAGCAGCAACAGCUAGCGACAUUAGUGCGUUCUACAGCAGCAGCCUGCCCAGCAGAUCGCCUGAGCAACUGCAGCCGGACUAUGGCACGGCUCAAGUCGCCGGCAGCAAGUUAAGCAAAUUGUAUGCGCGGCGCCAGCUGCUGGGCCAGCAGCCGAGCAACAGCAGCAACAAUCUCGAAGCCAGAGAGCAGCAGCACGUCUACAGCACUCAAACGGAUGCCGGCUGGUUCAAUACACUCGCUGGCGCCAUGAAGCGACAAUUUGCGACCUAUGUUAAAACCCAAUUGAAUUCCACAGCGACGGCUCAGACGUUGGUCAACGGCAACGAACAGGAGCCGGCCCAGGCGCUGGCGCCGCCACCAGCACCGCCAGCCUAUCGCAACAUAGGCAAUAAUGGCACCGCCACAACCACCAACAGCAGCAGCAGCCACAACCAUAACCACAAUACGACAGCCAAAACCUAUUAUUAUCGCACGCUGUCAGCGGCGAGCAGCAGCAGCAGCAGCCACAGUCACAAUACCAGCCAAAGCACCUCGCCCACCACGGAGCCACUAACGGGCAGCGCUGCAGUGGUGCACAGCAUUGGCGGUGCGACGGCAACGAGCGGCUUCUUGCGUCGCUACGCCAGCAGCGGCAUUGUCGCCGGCAAUCACAGCAGCGGCAGCAACAGCACACCGCCCAGUCCACAUUUGCUGGCGGGCCUGGAUAGACGGCAUCGCAGUCCGGAUCCACCGCCACGCUACAAUCGCGGCCAGUCGCCGCUGUUGCUGCGCAAAAAUCUGCUCGAGCUGAGCGGCCAGCCAGCGGGCUCACCGCUGCUGCAGCGACGAUAUGUUUCGGCAUCGCCGCCAUUGCCGCCGCCACGUCGCGGCUCGGAGAGUGUGCCCGGCUCGCCGCAGCACUUUCGCACGCGCAUCCACUACACGCCCGAGCCGCAGCGACGCAUCUAUCGCACCAUAGAUCAAUGAGUAGCGCUGCAAAUA